AGACACCCCGAGAGAGAUCCCCACAGAGACACGAGAGACCCAGACACAGAGAGACACACAGAGAGAGGGAGGAGAGGACCCACUCACAGUAAACACAAACAAAAGGGGGAUGGGAUUGCCUCCCUGCGUGUCCUGCUGAGCACUGCACUUUGACUAUGGAAACAGAGGCUAUUGAUGGCUAUAUAACAUCAGGUGACAAUGAGCUUUCACCUGAAAGGGAACACUCCAAUAUGGCAAUUGACCUCACCUCAAGCACACCCAAUGGACAGCAUACCUCACCAAGUCACAUGACAAGCACAAAUUCAGUAAAGCUAGAAAUGCAAAGUGAUGAAGAACCUGACAGGAAACCCCUGAGUCGGGAAGGAGACAUCAGGGGCCAUGAUGAAGGUAGCAGCUUAGAAGAACCCAUUAUUGAGAGCAAUGAUGUGGCUGACAACAGAAAAAUCCAGGAGCUUCAAGGCGAGGGAGGAAUCCGGCUUCCGAAUGGUAAACUGAAAUGUGACGUCUGUGGCAUGGUUUGCAUUGGGCCCAAUGUGCUUAUGGUACAUAAAAGGAGUCACACUGGUGAGCGCCCUUUCCAUUGUAACCAGUGUGGAGCUUCUUUCACUCAGAAGGGCAACCUACUGAGACAUAUUAAGUUGCACUCUGGGGAAAAGCCGUUCAAAUGUCCCUUCUGCAGCUAUGCCUGUCGGAGAAGGGAUGCCCUCACAGGACACCUCAGGACACACUCUGUGGGUAAACCUCACAAGUGCAACUACUGUGGACGAAGCUACAAGCAGCGCAGUUCACUAGAGGAACACAAGGAACGUUGCCACAACUAUCUUCAGAAUGUCAGUAUGGAGGCUUCUGGGCAGGUCAUGAGUCACCAUGUACCUCCUAUGGAAGAUUGUAAGGAACAAGAGCCUGUGAUGGACAACAAUAUUUCUCUGGUGCCUUUUGAGAGACCUGCUGUCAUAGAGAAGCUGACAGGGAAUAUGGGAAAACGUAAAAGCUCCACCCCACAGAAGUUUGUGGGAGAGAAGCUCAUGAGAUUUGGCUACCCUGAUAUUCACUUUGAUAUGAACUUAACAUAUGAGAAAGAGGCUGAAUUGAUGCAGUCUCACAUGAUGGACCAAGCCAUCAACAAUGCAAUCACCUACCUUGGAGCUGAAGCACUUCACCCUCUGAUGCAGCACACACCAAACACAAUUGCAGAGGUUGCCCCAGUUAUCAGCUCAGCUUAUUCUCAGGUCUAUCAUCCUAAUAGGAUAGAAAGGCCUGUUAGCAGGGAAACCUCUGAUAGUCAUGAGAACAACAUGGAUGGCCCCAUUUCUCUAAUCAGACCAAAGAGUCGACCCCAGGAAAGAGAGGCCUCUCCCAGCCAUAGCUGCCUGGACUCUACUGACUCAGAAAGCAGCCAUGAUGAUCGCCAGUCCUACCAAGGAAACCCUGCCUUAAAUCCCAAGAGGAAGCAAAGCCCAACUUACAUGAAGGAGGAUGUCAAGGCUUUGGAUGCCACAAAGGCUUCUAAGGGCUCUCUGAAGGACAUAUACAAAGUCUUCAAUGGAGAGGGAGAACAAAUUAGAGCCUUCAAGUGUGAGCACUGCAAAGUCCUGUUCCUAGACCAUGUCAUGUACACAAUUCACAUGGGUUGUCAUGGCUAUCGGGACCCAUUAGAAUGCAACAUCUGUGGCUACCGAAGCCAGGACCGUUAUGAGUUCUCAUCACACAUUGUCCGAGGGGAGCACACAUUCCACUAGGCCUUUUCCUUUCCAAAGGGGACCCUUAUGAAGUAAAGAACUGCACAUGAAGAAAUACUGCACUUACGAUCCCACUUCCUCGGAUAUUAACCUUUUAAAAAGAAAAAGAAAAAUUAUUACAGUCAAUAAUUCUUAUUUUAUGGACCCAGUCUCAUUUGCUCUACCUAAUUAUCAGGAAGGAAAAGUGGGAGGGAAGGGACAGGGCGAAUUGUUUUGUUUUUAUUUUUGGUCACUUGGCUUAUUGUGUGGGAAUUGAAGGGCAGUUUACUUCUGCAAUGGUUAGCUGUAAGUUAUAUCAUGCUUUGAAAAUCACUCAGCUCACAUUAAGUUCAACUAAAAGAUGUGAUUUGCCAUUCAUUUUCAGGAUGGUGAUCUUGGACAGGAAAGUGGAGAGUUUUCAGAGUAAGAUUUCUCAUAAUGAUAGUCAAGAGUAUAAGGAAUUUUUACUCUCUAAAGAAGAAUCUUUUCAAAAUAUAAAUUGUUUUUCUGUAAAGAUCUUGGAACAUAAAUCAAACACAAUGUUCUUUUCAAUGAUACUUCCUAGGAUGAGCUAUGGUCAUGGGUUCUGUGUUUACUUCCCUUUCUAGAAUUUCUAAUUCAAUCUAUAGAAGAACAUUAUACCACUUAGCAGUUUCGUAUUACAAGUGGUUAGGACCACCUACAGUACUUUUGAAGUCCUGCUAUCUUAUUUUUCUAAACUAAAGAAGCACCUUUUUAGACUUGCAGUUUUUCCAUAGUUUUGGGGACUGGCAUUUUGUAGACACCCUGACAGCCUUACAUUUAACAUAUUUUACAAUUAACAUUUUUACCUGGUUUUCAGAGUAAUAUGGCUUAGGAGUGGCUACAAGGCAGUAGUUUUUUUGGAGGGGUUCUGCUGCUUUUUGAAAAAAUAAAACUUUUUUAAGUUAUAAACUAUGUACUAGUAGUAGAGUAUGCUUAUGCUUGUUUUUUUUUUUUAAGAUAUUCAUUCAGUUGUCAUUUUAUCAGCAACAGUGUUAAACCAGUCAGCAGCAUACACUAGUAAGGCUGACAGUCGGGAGAACACUAGAAACCUCUUUUCUGAUAGUGUAUUAGUUUGUGGAAUCAGCAACUACCCAGUAUUCUGCUUCAGAGUCAAGUCUUUUAAGUCUUGUCUAUUGUCUCUUUCUAUUCCAUAAAACUCCAAAUUGCAAUGGUCAAUUUCACCUGAAUGUGGUAAAAAACGAAACCAUAUACCUAUUGCCAAUACCAAUGGCUAUUACCACUACUAUGGCUAUUCUGGAAUUUUUUUCCAAUGUUGAUAUUUACUACAUUUAAUUUGAAGGAAAAAGAAAUGGAUUUGCAUUAUUUUGACUGGGCAACAGAUUAAAAACAUAAUAAAGUCUACUUUCAGAGAGAAUUAUUAGACAAGUGAUCUCUAGGCCCAAAUCACUUGCUUUCUUUUCCCCCUAUUGGUUAGACCCUGUGAGUUAUAAACUAUAGGCCCUUAAAACCCAAUUUCCCUCCUCUCUAUCUGUGCUUGCUAUAGAUCAAUAUGUUGCAUAGGUAGAUGUUCUUUGUAUUCAUGAGGGUGCUAAUUUUUAUUCAACACAGUCCAACAGCAUUAGAAGGGAACAGCUGAGUGGAAUAGUGAUUAAAGUUUUUGUUUCUUUGUUUUUACAGGGACAUACUUGGCAGACAGAACAUUUAACCUGUGUUUAGAAAGGAUGGGCUAGAUGGUGGUCAAAUUAUACCUGAUGGGCAUUUCUGACAUGAAAUACCAUUAAGUAGAACUUGAUGAGUACUUUAGACGUGCAUUAGAUAUAAUGAUUCAUGAGAAUGAUCAAGAAGAGAGAAAUUUUAACAUGAAUAAAGCUUAGACAUGAAAAGUUGAUCUGUAUUACUCUUAACUUGGUUUUUCAUUUUAUCUUCUACUUCUUAUCCAGAUAGCUCUUUAAUGGAGUUACAUAAGACUGGGGAGAAAUGGUUAUAACUCACACUCCCUUUCUUUUUUCCCUAGACCUUGACAAAGCUAAUAUUUUGAUAAUGACCACUUAUUUUUUAAUCCAAAAGUAUCCAUCAAAAUAAGAAUGAGGAACACAUUAGAAUGUCAGCUGUAUCAUUUCUUCUUUACUUCCUGAUACAUUGUGAACAUCAAUUUUAUUUUACUAUAAUAUCUUGGACAGUGAGCCACAAAAGAAAAAAUAAUUCUAUUUAGCAAUUAUUACUUGUUCUCCAAAUUCUUCCUAAUUUCAUUUUCCUUUUUCAAUUUCUCAUUUCUGGAGAAGACAAGUAACAAGGAGUCAACAGUAUUGAGGGGAUGGUAUUUGUGGUGGUGGGCAUUUACAUUUAAAGAAGCACUUUGAGCAACAACCAAUAUGUUAAAAACUUAGGUUAUUUGGAAAUUUCUGCUGACACCACUUGUGAAUUUUCCUGUUUAUUUUUUUUUCCUGUCAGUGCAUUAGGUUACCUACAAAUGUGUUUUGGGCAUAAAUAGAUGACCUCAAAGAAUUUUACAUAGGUCCCAUAAGUGAUUCAGGCUCUAUUUUACCACUCCUAGUUCAUGAAGCACUGUCUGUGUUCUUGAGAAUGUGUCUUCUGCAGACAUAUACUUGUAUCAUUAGCCUAGAUGGAUGAGAAUCCACAGAAUUAAGGUGGCUGAAAUAGGGGCAGUGGCAAAAAGAGACAAAGUCAUUGCAAAUAUUUUAGGUAGAAAAUAUUAUGAGAUAAGUAGUAUGAUGGGAAAAUUCUAUGAAGGGUUCUACUUAAGUAUGGCAUUUUGCAUAAAGGAAAUGUGAAAGGUAAAAUGUUUAAAUGUAGAUUUGAAAAUUAGAUACAGAAUAUUCAGGUAGAAAUUUUUAUUAUAGACAGUGUUUACAUACAGUUUAUUUCAAUAAAACUGUACAUCAUAGAGUGUACUGAAGAGAAUUGUGGACAACCUUCUGUACUUCCUUUUUAGGUAAAAAUUUAUAAAAAUUGAUCUGUAUUUAUUUAGCCCAGAAUGUUGUUUCCAGUUCUUGUUUAAGAGAGGAAAUAAUGUGCCAGAGCCAGGAUGAAGCAAGAUUUGGCUUGUGCCCUAAGCAGUUUGAAAAUUGCAUCCCUAUGUGUUACUGUCUAAGCAAGACUUUGAGUCGUCACUGUACCACAUGAGUCUUAGAUCAAGAAACAAAUGCAUGCCAUCUUUAGUAGUUUUCUGGCAUUAUAAAGGGGCAUUUAUGAAAAUUUAAUAAAAACCUCAGUCGCCAACUUGACCACCUCCACAAGUUGUACCAUAGGCAGCUACCUGUUUUAUGUCCUCCCAGUCCUUGCUGUGUGCUUCCUAUAUGCCUACUGGUGAUGGCAUCCACUUUAAAAAUUAAUUAAUUUUAUAUAUAUAUAUAUAUAAAAUUUGGAUGUCAGUAAAAGUCAUUAGCAGGCAAAUUCAGAGAGAUUUUGUGUUAUUAAAAAAAGUUAAUUGUUCAGAAUUUACUUGAAGGAGAAAAUGGGAUUUAUAUUGAGUAAGAUUUAUACCCAGCUGCAAAGUAGGGAGUGCCCCUCCUACAUAAGAGCAGUUGGUGAGAGUGAGUCACAGUCACUGGAUUUUUUUAGAUAUGGAUGAGGGAAAUAGGCUCUGAUAAGAAUUUUUAAAAAAACAACUUUUGAUAUGCAAAUGCACUUAUCAGUGUUGAGAAAAAAAUGCAUGGAAAAAAACCCAACAUGGUUGUUGAUUCCAGAGAUGUUUAAUGUUUCUUUUUCUCUUUAUUUUGCUAGACUGUGACAUAAUUUUUUUAAAGCAUUGAAGGAGCUUCUCUUAGCACACAAAACUUUCCUGAGCUUCUAUUUAGGAUCAGUAGUGCUUGUUCAGGUAUUCCAGUCACUGUCUUAUAGAAAGAAAUUUCUUCAAGACCAAUUUAUUUCCCAUAUCCAAAUAUUUAAAUAAGGUUGAUCUCCUAAAGAGAGUCCAUAAUAAAAGAAAGAAAUGAGAAUCUGUAUUUACCUCCUGGUAUGUGGAAAAGAGAAAGAGACAUUUAUUUGGUAGUUUGACUUUUACCCAGAGUAAGAAUAUCUCAGCCAUUUAUUUCAGAAAACCAUCCCAUAUCUGUUGCUAUUUAUAAGUGGAAAACCAAAUUUAUACCAGAUAAAGGAUGUGAUACUUUAUAAAUCAUUUAUUGUGUGAUCUAUUCUUCUCAUCACCAAAUCACUUCCUAGUUUGUUCAGGAUAAAAGCAAAAAAAAAUACCAAAAUAAAAAAAAAGUCUUGCAGCUCCUACCACCAAAAAUAAUUAUCAUGUGAAAGAUUUAAUAUAUUUUUAAAAACUACAGGUUUUUUAUCCUGCAUAAAAGAAUGAGUAGCAUUUUUGGAAUUGUUAGUUAAAACUCCCCCCCACCCCCCAUUAUACUGCUCUGCUCUGAAUUCUCUACUUCUGUAUGAUUUUCUUGAGAACUAUGUGAAUGAGGCUGAUUCUAAAAUAGAAAACUAUCCAAUAGACACCCCAAAGAUUGAGUUAAAAAUCAUGUUGGGUUUGGUUUUUUUGUGUAUUUUUUUCUAAUAGUUUCAAUAGGGCUUCAAGCUUUUUGUUAGUAUUUUUAAACCUUGGAUUUCUACAAAUUAAUUGAACUCUAUAGUAACUGGAAUCUUAAGAUACUGAAAUUUAAUGCAUUAACUAUUUCUAAAAGUUAAUUAUAUUUGUGCCUUUACAAAUACAUUUAGGAAGUCAGUUAUCUAAUUAUCGGUCUAGACAGCUUUAAUAUGUAUUUUUUUAAAGUCAUUUUAAAAUUGAGCAACAUAUAUUUCAGCCUUGUAAAAAUAGGACAAAUCUGUUAUUGUAAAAUAUGCUUAAAUUACAGAUGCAGAAACUUACUGCUCUAUCUAAUGAAAAUAUCUUUAAAAACAUUUUGAAUCUCCCAUGAAAUUUGGUGAUAUUUUAGAAUGGCCACUACCUACUAGAUUAUGCAGAUGAGAUUUGAGGUGGAGAAAAACUUAGCUGUGAAAUAUUAUGCCGUGUGAUUUUUUUUUAGGAAGAAUGAGUUGUGUAUCAUGAUAUGGUUUUAUUAGUUUAAGUUUUUGUUGAAAUAAAAUGCAGUAUUGUGUUGAUACUCUCAGAAAUGGACUAGUAUCCUAGUCAUGAGUCCUCAGUCUCCUAACUGAUCUUCAGUAGUCUUAAAAAGUCAGGUAAUUCACACUCCUUGAACAAAACUGAAUAGAGCAGUCAGAGGACAUUGUUUUCCCCAAAAUAUAAGGUUAAUGGGUGAUAUACUAUGGUUCUAUAUUUAUCUGCUGUAGUUUUAUUUGUAUAUGACAGCUUUUUAAAAAAUGGGCUGCUGAUUAGAAGCUAAAAAAAUAAUGACCAACAAGCUGUGAUAUGCUAGUGUUCUUCCACAUCAUAGUAUAUUGUUAGGUCAAAAUAAAAUGACCAUACAAAUUUUUAUUAUUCUCACAGAAAUUUAAAAUCAACAUUUCCAUAUGGUAUUUAAGAAAAAUUCUCUUUCUGCCCAGUUUGUCUUCUCUUGCAGUUCUGUCAAUUUCUGGUUAUCACAUGCACUUUCUGCCUGGGAAUAUAGUCACAAUUCUAUUUAUGGGCACUUUUCCCAUUCAACACUGUAUAUGUGUGUUCUCUGUAUAAGUUUGUGAAUUAAUCUUUAUCCCAUACAAAGAGUGGUACAUGGAUGACUAGUUUUCUAUGGUCUUCUUUUUAUUGUGAAUAAAAUUUUAAAAAAAUGGAGAGGCCCUCUGCUAAGCAAAACAAAGUAAAGAUGACUUCAUGUAGGUACAAAUAAGCCAGCUUGCAGUGAAUUUGGGCUCUUCAGAUUACCUCAAGUGACAUGCAGUAAGAAAAGCUUCUUCAAUAGGGGGUAGAGGUCACUGAAUCCCCUACUAUGCACUUACCAGGAUUUGACAUUACUUACUGGAAAUGGAUGUUUGUUUUGUUGUUUGGUUGUUUUUGUUUUUGUUUUUGUUUUUUCUGAAUACACUGUAACAAGGGAAGGACUUGGGUUUUGUUGGGGUUUUUUUGUUUUGUUUUGUUUUGUAGUAGCUAAAAUUCUGAAACUGUGAUCAACAAUUUAAAUAACUGUCAAGCACUCUUGGAUCUUGAAUAUAUUCAUUUCCUGUUCCAUGUAGCAAGGUUCUCUUUAUUGUCUCUGUGUUAAAUUAUGUAAAAUCUCAUCCUAUUUCUGUCCCUUUACCUCAGUUUAAAGACUAGGCUACCUAUUUUUUUCAAUUAUUUCCAUUUCUGUGUCCCCCCCCCCUUUUGUUCAUUGGCUGUAUAGUCUGUUUACAUAUUUUUGUACUCAAGUGUAGUUUUAUAUUAAAAAGAAAAAAAAAGAAAAAUAGUCAAUUUGAUGAAAAAUAUUAAGGUACAUACUCUUUGUAACACUUUCACUUUCACAAAUAGGGUACCUGAAAAUAUAACUCCAUCAAUUAUGUAAUUGUACUAUGAUAUGCUUGCCUUUUUUUUGUUGGUUUUUACUUGCUGGUUGUAUUUCCCCUUCCUCCUUUUCCCAAAUAUAUAUUGUUUUAUAAAAGACUGGAAACUUUUAAUGCAGAUGUUUAGAAAGAUUUAAAAAUUGUAAAGUAAAAAGUCUUAGCUUUUUCUGUUGGAAAAAAAUGCUUUAAAAAUACUGUUAAUGGUGUUCUAAGUUGGGGAAUUCCCUAGACCCCACCUUUGCUCUCUUCAUAGGUGGACCUUUCAGAAAUACUGUUUUGCAAAUUCAAAAUGAUUGCUUAUGCUAUUCAGUUCACAAUAUCCUUUAAUUUUAUUUCUGUUCAAGUGCAAUACUUCCUGAAAAGUCUUUAAAAAUGGAGUCAAUUUUUGCCCCUUUGUAACCUACACUUCUGUAAACAACACCUUCAAGUUCACAGUAUUUUAAAUAAAAAAAGGCAAGAAGUCAAGAUAAAGCACCCAAUAGUGAAGACUAUAGAAAUGAAGUGUGGAAGACAUAGCCCUAAUUUCAUAAUAUACUCAGGCUAAAAUUUCCAUUUAAAUUAGAACUUUAGAUGAAUAAUGGGCCUGAAAGUUGGUAUUUUAAAAUGUAAAUUUUUUUCCCUACUUUGACUGGUGUCCAAUGUUAAAAAUUAAGGAAUGCUUUUAUUUUUUUUUCUUUUUAAAACAACUUUUUUAAAUGUAAAGAAAAGCACUUAACACAAUUUUUUUAAAAAAAUACAUAUUGUCUCUGUGAGAGUAGAGAAAAAUUUAUUUGGAGCAUUUUCAUUCUCAUAAAUUUAGGUGAGGAUUAUUUUACAUAUCAUACAUAUUUAUAUGUAAUAUUCUGGGGGGUUUGUGUGUGUGUGUGUUUUUUACACCUGUUUCCCUGUAGAAAACUGCUGUUAUGUAAAUAGAUGGUUAGGUAAAAGAUAAAUUCUGUGGCAUUUCUUUUAAAGGCAGUUUACUACAUUUGUACAGUAGCCAUGUGUCUUGGCCAUUUUAGAUUUAUAUUUUCUUUUUAACAAUACCAAAGGUAAUUAGACUAUAUUGCAGACUAAUUGCUUGACAAAUUUCUAGGAUAUUUUGAGUUUUAGAAGCAAAAAAAUAGUUCAAACCAGUAAACCUCAUUUUUUCAAACUAAUAAUUUGGAAAAAAGAAAAACCUAUUGUUUAUAUAUAUAUAUAUAUGUGUGUGUGUGUGUGUGUGUAUGUCUAUGUCUAUGUAAGUGCACACCAUAGACAUAGACAUAUAGAAUGAUAUAUAUAUAGAGAAAUAUAUAUCUCAGACUUUGUAUGCCAGGCUUCCUCAGUUUGGGUGUCAUUUUUUGAGGCUUAAUUAUUUACCUCCAAACAUGAGGUUUACCAUGUAAAUUCAGAUACAGCCUUUGCAGCCAUGUCACAAGUCACCCUGUUCUUUAUCCAGUUGAAAACCUCUGCUAAAUGGUUUUAUCACUGCAGACUGAAAUGUGGGAUUUGUUUUAUUCUUUACUUUGAUACACAUGCAUACAUGAUUUCUACAUGUAUGUGUGUACUGUAAAUGUGUAUGAGUGUUGUAUAUGCAUGUGUGAGUGUUUGUAUGUGUGUAAAACUAAAGAAUCUGCAGAAACUUUGUAAUACUUUGUGAAAAGGAUUAUAUUAUAAAGGUUUGUACUGUCUGAGUGCACAGCUACUGGAAUAAAUUUAGGGAAUCUCAGGAACAAGCAUAUAAUUUGUCCAAGAUUUAUUUCUUUUAAGAAGUGUAAGUGCAGUUUUUAAUUCUGUAUAUUAUUUAAUAUUUUACCAAUAAAAUAAACUUCUGACAUAAAAA